AUGUCUAACUCAAGGUUCGCCGAUGCUAAGGGAAAAUGCUCCAACGAAAUUGGUGAUCAUGGUGAUGCUCAGAACCAUGGAUUGGUCAGCAAUCAAAUACUCGACCUGCACCAAUCGAAUCAGUCAGUAGGAUCCACCUUCACCCUCCAAGGAGAGGGCGUGUUGCCCUGCAAUUUAGGAGCCGCGUCACCCAGGGCUUUUCAUGAGUCUCAUGUUUCAGUUCUGGGAUUGGAACAUGAACCACAACAGAAGCAGCAAGAUGCUGGCAUUAACGUGGAGAACACCUCAUUGGUCAUGAUUUCAAAAACAUCUAAACUACCAAGGAGUCCUCAACCUUCAAACACAAAUUUGAGGAAGAGAAAGGCUGGCAUGAAAGACACUGCAAAAUUUAAUAAGAAAGAGAUUGUUGAUGGAUUCCAACGUCUGAAGAAUGAACACACCUCCUUGGAGGAUGAAAUCGUCUUCUUAAAGAGCCAAUGCGCUUCGUUGAAAAAGUCUGUCAAGCGUCAAAAGAAAACUUCGGUCUACUUGAAAGACAAGAACAAUGAACUGACUGACAAGGUUACAGACCUUUCCAUGCAUGCACUGACGUCUGUGUCGGAUCGCGAGAUCCAGCUUGGAGAAAGAAUUGUGCAACUGGAGGCAAGCAAUGAACAACUGCAGGCAAGAAAUGCUCAACUGGAGAAUAUGCAACUGAUAUGA